UAAGUCAGCUCCUGCGAGAUGUGGGGGCGAUGAAGCAGCCGGGCGCCUUCCUUCUUCUGGUUUUGACUUCCCUUUGGCAAGCCUAGAGGGCGCUGUCUCUCUGUGGUCGAGCGUCUCCCCGCUAGCCGCUGCUCUCUGUCAAGUCUCCUCCUUUCCUAAUUCAAAGCCGGCAGCCGCAACAGCAGGAGCCCGGGAAGAAGAGGCAGCCGCAGCAAUAGUAGCGGCAACGAGGACAGAAGCCGGGAUAGCGGCUUUCUGUGUCGGAAUUGAGUGCAGCCAUCUUCGCGGAGUUUUCUUGUCGUGUUCCAGCCACCCACGCCAGCCAGCCGCGGUUUGCGGCGCUCCGGAGAAACAGAGGAGCCGCGGUCCAUGCAUCGCCUCUGACUUGGAAUUGCACCGGAGAAAGGUUGCUGGCUUCACUCACUCUAAGGACUUCCUUUUCCAGCCUCCUUUGUUUCUAACUUUAAGCAGAGUGGACAGCUUCUUCAGGAACUUUAAAGUAUUCACUUUUGUGUGCAUCACAUUUAAAUAACCUGGAACUGUUAACAAUGAGUGAAUUCUGGUUGUGCUUCAACUGUUGCAUUGCAGAGCAGCCGCAACCGAAGCGGCGAAGACGAAUUGACCGCAGCAUGAUUGGCGAACCAACAAACUUUGUCCACACAGCCCACGUAGGAUCAGGAGACUUAUUCAGUGGAAUGAAUUCAGUGAACUCUAUUCAGAACCAAAUGCAGUCCAAAGGUGGCUAUGGAGGUGGUGCUAUCCCAGUAAAUGCAGUUCAGAUGCAGCUUGUAGACACGAAAGCAGGAUAACAGAGAGAAUGAAGUUGUUUGGUUCCAUUUGUCUUGCUGUUCCUUCCUCCUUGUUUUCCUUUUUGCCUUGGGUGACCUGCUUUCUGCAUUCUUCAUGGGAUGAAAAAUGUGCUCCUCGUUCAUCCUGAAUGACUGUUUGGCACUGAUAGCGGCUUCAGAGACAUGCGUUUGUGCCCUGGAGACGCCAUCUUGGAUGUGCCAAGGUGCACCUUGCCCUUCAGCAUGAGCUGCAAGCCACAGCAGAAGGCAGCGGACAUUGGGUUUUAAUUCUGUUGGCUUGUUCCUGGCUCAUAGCUCAGUUGGAUGUUGAGCAUGACUUUAGUGCAGGUCUUAAUGUGCUCCUUUCUUGUUGUUUACUGUUGGUGGUUCAGUAUUUUUUUUUAUUUCAAAGAUUUAUUUGUAAAAUUCUUUCCAAAGGUCUGGCACCUGUUUGACUCUCUUAUUUUUCAUGCUCCCGGAGUACUGAAGUAGCUUUCUGUGCUGCUGAGGGAAAGCUAGUGCACAUGGUGCUGACACAUAGGAAGCGGGGCUUUCACUUCCCACUCUUGCAGUAAAAGGUAACACCAACUGCACACCGGGACUCCUUUUGCUACCUGCUUCAUCAGCUUUUUCAAAGAUCGCUAUUUCCUAGUAAAUGCUUGCCUUUGUAUACAAGACAGUAAACAUACGCCAGCACAGGCACCUUGGAAAUUCGCUCUCUGCUUAUCUCUGUGAAGAGCUAGCGGCACUGAGAGCCGAGCGGUUUCUAAAGGUGUCCUGGCAAUCAGUUACAUUUUGUGCAGACCAAGAGGUGAGAGGUGCUGUGGUCACUGCCUGCGAAAACAAGACGCCCAAUCUGAAUGAACAGGCAAGCAUCUCUGGUGCAGAUUUGAUGGGAUGCUCCUUUUGUGGCCCCUCAUAGCAGCCCCUCUGCCUUUUUAGUGUGACCUCAGCAUGCCAUAAGGCUUUAAGAUUUACCUUGUUUUGUGCAGUCAGGUUGUGUGUUCUCUGUGUUCCUGUGCCAGCUGUAAUUUUUUUUUCUGUUGGGGUUUUGCUGGAUUUAGGGUUCAAACCCUAAUGCUCACAAAGUGAGACCAAGGAAACUUACCAUAGGAUCUUGGUUCUGGAUUCUGUCAUUAACAGUCCUGUUUGCAAUAUCAGUUAACCCAGAAUAAUCCCUGAGAUGCCAAAAACAAGUCUGGUUAGAAGAUUUACACCAUGUCCCAGUAAAAACAUUGUGCAGAUUAGCUGAUUUGGCUCCUGCACAGUUGGCCAGCCACUGACCAGACGAUGGGAAAUCUUCAGCUGGAACUGCCGGCCCUGAAAGUUUAGCUGCUCAACUCAACAACAAUGCAAAAGAGCAACACCUUGCCGUCAUCCAUCACUCAUCGUUUUGCACACUUCCUCAAAUUACACUGAUUUGUUGUUGGCUUGUACUGUUCACGUUGUCCUUAACUGAAAUAAAGAAAUGUUUUCAUGUCA